AUGCCCAGCCUCGUUGUGGACGAGGCGAAUUUGGGGCUACCUGGACCAAGUGGAGAUACGAAUGCGGCGGCCAAGUCAGCUUUAGCGGCCAUCGCAAAAUGGACCAAGGAGACGAAGGAAGCCAGCGUUGUGCUGAUAUCUUCAGAGUUUGGCUAUCCGUUUCGUCUGCUAGCAAGCGACUUAGCCUUGAGCACCAUCAGCAAAGUCAUUGUCAUUGGAGAAGUACCAGAGGUUAACAUGCUAAAGAUGCUGAAAGAUGAUUGGGGCAUGGACGAAGACCUGGCAAAGAUCUUCUACAACUACUUCGGCGAAGACAUUUACACCACCAAGCAGGCUUUGGAGAGCCUCAUUUGGAGAAAGAGGACUUCGACCCCUUUGCGGUUGUGCGAUGUCCCGGGCUGCCUUCGUGUGUGA